AAGUCGCUGAAACUGGGGAGAUUGCGAAGCUGCAGACGGUUUGCCAGGAUGUGGCAGACAUGUUGGAGACACGUGGCGUGCAGAAUUGCGGAUCAGUUUUAUCUGGAGGCGACGAAAAACAAGCAGACAACGAGUACCAGCCUCAGUCCUUCCUGGCCUCUCAAGCUCUGAGAAUGUUCGGUCGAACAAACUACUUUACUGACUGUUCUGAGAUCCACACAGCUCUGUCCCUGCUCAACCCUGUGUCUAAUGCUGUGUCUAGUGGUGUACACGACAUAAAACCUUUAGGUAUGAGCAAUCCGAUCUCUGUAUACUGUGAUCAGACCACAGAUGGGGGAGGGUGGACGGUCAUACAGAGGAGGUUUGACGGGUCCCUUCAUUUUGAUCGACCAUAUAACGACUACAAGUAUGGGUUUGGGUCAGCCAAUGGGGAGCAGUGGUUAGGGUUGGAAGGCAUGUAUCAUUUGACUUUCCACAACGCGUACGAGUUGUACAUAGAGCUUGAAGAUUGGUCCGGCGUGGUCAAGCACGCCAAGUAUUCCUCAUUCUCGGUUGGGGAUAGUUCCACCAAUUACCGAUUGAAUGUUGGUGGGUACAGUGGGACGGCUGGGGAUGGGUUUGACUUGAGGAGCCUAUAUGCAACAAAUAACCUAAAUGGCCAGGGCUUCAGUGCUAGGGAUGUGGACCAUGACGCGACUCCCGGGUCCUGUUCUGGCAACGGCUACUACUCAGGUGGAUGGUGGUACAGGAGCUGCUCCCUAUCUGCCCUCAAUGGCCCUUACCUGCGCCCAUCCGAUCGUACAGCUUAUAGUGGCUUCGGCGUAAAUUGGUACCCAUUUGGAAGUUCCUAUUGUCACUAUCUGAAAAAGUCCAAAAUGAUGAUCCGUCCCAGCGACUUUCAGCCUUGAGUUGCCAAUCUCCAAGCAGACAAUACGAUGGCAAGGCAGUAUCAAUUGGCCAGAGGAGUGUCC